UUUAUAUUAAAAAAAAAAUGUUGUAACACGAAUUAUCUUUAAGAAAUGGGAAUUUAGAAAAAUUUAAUAUGGUAUCAAAACAACACUUACUGUGAUCCGAAUCGUCUACACAUACAAAAUAAUUUGGUUGCAAAAUAAUAAUUGGGGAAAUAUUAUCAAUGAUCAAUACUGGAACACAUCAUCAAGUUCGAUGUCGUUUACGGAACUUAAGUUUAGCCAGUAUAUUACUAUUAACAUUUUCAAAUAUAUUAUUAACCAUACGACUAUUAAAUAAUUCUGAAAUACGAGCGAGUUCAGAGCAAACACUUGCCGCCGCUCAAAUAUCGAAUCAAAAUGAUCAUGUGGUUGUCGCUAGAGAAAAGCUGGAGAAAUUGGAAAAUUGUAUACCACAACAAGCAAUCCAAGAAUUGGAAGACACGACGAAAAAAGAAACUGUAUACAUGGAUAAUUUUUUCCAAUCGAAUGGAUCAAAUUUUCUAAAAAAUUUCGAUCUAAAUUUAGGGCGAUGGGAUGCAACACGAAUGUAUAAAUUAUACGAUAAUGUAAUUAUUGGACAGAAAUAUAUUUCAUUAUCGCAAACAUAUAACGUCUGUUUGGCAACACAAAGUUCAUUGGAACGAUUAUCGUCAUUGGUCCAAGUUGCCUUUCAGUGGAGUGGACCAAUAUCGGUUGGCUUAUUCGCUGCCGGUGAUGAAGAACUGAAUAUUCUUUUGCUAUAUUUAUAUUAUUUACAAAAAUGUUUUACACAAAUUCAUGAUCGAGUAUUAUUUCAUUUGGCAUAUCCAAAAGAUCGAGCACCAACCAGAAUUAAUAUAAAUUUCACAUAUUUAUCAGUAUUGGAUUGUACGAAUCCGGAUUUAACGUUAAAAUUUUUGCUCAAGCAACGGACACCGAAUACAAUUAAAUGGCGCACACGUAAUCCAUAUCCACAAAACCAUUUACGGAAUUUGGCACGAAAAAAUUGUCAAACUGAUAAUGUCUUUUUAACGGAUAUUGAUAUAAUUCCAAGUUAUGGAUUGGCUGAAGGUUUGAAUCAAUUUUUGAAGAUCGCACAAUGUAAAAAUAACUUAUGCGCAUAUGUAAUUCCAACAUUUGAAUUGGAUGAACGUGUGAGUUUUCCAACUAAUAAAAGUGAUUUGUUACGAUUGGUUAGCAAAGGAUUAGCUAGACCUUUUCAUGAAAAAAUUUUUAUUUAUAACCAAUUUGCUUCAAAUAUUUCAAAAUGGCAAGAACAUACGGAUAUGAUCAACGAAAACGGCAAACAAGACGUACACAUUAGCCAUGAGGUUACAAAUUUUGAAUUUUUUUACGAACCAUUCUACGUCGCACCAGAUACAGCUCCUCUACACGAUGAAAGAUUUUUAGGCUAUGGUUUUACAAGAAACACUCAGGUUUAUGAAAUGUUUGUUCGUGGAUUUGUAUUUUAUGUUCUAUCACCAGUAUUUACAUGUCAUUGGGGCUUACAACAGAAAAAAUCACGUCCACACUGGCGAGAACGACAAAAUUCAUUAAAUGCAAAACAAUUUGAAACAUUUAAACGUGAAAUAUUUGCCAAAUAUAAUAAAGAUCCUUUGAAUAUGAUGAAAAAAUCAUUAAAACAGGCUCCUAAGAAAAAAAAAGGAUAAAACUAAUA